CUGAGAUGAUAGGUAGUUAUUUUUAAUUUUUUCUUUUAUUCGCUUGUUGAUUGUCGGCGCAGUAAAUUGUGUUGAUGAAUUCGGACUUGAGGUGAUAAAUCUUUUUAUUUUUCUUGGUUCGUUUUGGUUAGAAACAGUGAUCUCUUUAAUCGUUUAAUGGUUACAUUUAAAGUCAAAAUAUCGUGUAACAGUAAAUUGUGCAUGUUUAAUUGAAAGUGUGUCCUCAAAAAAUUAACACGGUAAUUUCUUGUGUAUAAAAAAAUAAGUGUAGCAUAUUGAUUCAAAACUUACUAUGUUGAAUUUUGUGUUAACGUGGGGUACCAAAUGUAAAACUCCCACCCUCCUAAAUUGUUGAGUGGGGUCUCCCGCCUGGCGGGUAAGGUAGGGGCAAUUUGAACGCACAAAGGGUGGCCUCCCCUAUCGAAAGGGGAGCAGGCCUAAGGCAACGGCUAUUGGAAGGGAUUACUAUUUCGGGACUAGGUUUUGUGCUCGAUUCACAAGUGAUACUGUGUAAUUGAAAUUCUGUGCAAGCAAAUAAAAAUGGAUGUUGAAACUGAAGAUCCCGGUGUAAUGGAUUGGAUGAUAAAAAGGAGCAUGUUAUCACGAAGCAAGUUAGCUAAAAUCUCUCAUGAUGAAUAUGGCAACACACAGUACACCUGUAUUGAAUGUGGGGAACUAUUUGAAGUAAAAGAGGAGUGUGAACUUCAUUUGUGUACCCACUUUAAAGAGUUUCGCUUUUUGUGUGGUGUCUGUGGGACUGGGUUAAAACGUAAAGAACAUUUAGACAGGCACAUGCAAGGUCACAUGGAGGUGCGGCCACAUAUUUGUGAGGAGUGUGGCAAAGCCUUCAAGAGGAAAGAGCAUCUCAACAUUCACAAGUCCAUACAUAAAGGUGAAAAAGCACUUCAGUGUAGCUUGUGUAGUAAAUCUUUCUACCGCAAAGAUCAUCUACAGAAACACAUACAGACACACAAUAAACACUUUCUGGAACAGAACAUUAUACCGAUGAGUGACCAGGAGCUCAUAGAGAGCCAGGAAGGGGAAGUGGAGUACGAGGAUGUGAAGCCGAUUAUUACAAAUGUGUUUGGGAAUGUGAUUGAGGCUGAUAUAUCUGCUGAGUCCGAAGAUUAUUCAAACAACGGUUCACUGGUCGACCAGUCGUCGGACUUGUUGACGGACCAGUCGCAAGACACGUUCACCGACCAGACGCCCGAACUGUUCAUAGAAAGGCCGAUUGGAGAGGCGGUGAACAAGGAACGGCCGUUCGCGUGCGCGACCUGCGGCAAGUGUUACAAGAGGAAAGACCAUCUGAAGAUACACAGCUGGACGCAUAUGAAGAAGGAGGUGGUGUGCAACCGCUGCGGGAAAGAAUUUCACACGGAAGACCAGAUGCUGGUCCACGUCAACCUGGUGCACCUGAAGCUUCACGAGAUGGGACCACAGCAAGGCCUCAACCAGCUGAGAAGUCUACUUGGGGACCAGAUCGACGUUGAAGUUCUGAACGACAGGUCAAGUUUGACGAUGACACGCGAGUCGAAGAAAAGCGAGAGGACGCACGAGUGCCACAUCUGCCACCGCAAGUUCAAACGGAAACAGCACCUGAAGGUCCACGCCAACGUCCACCUGAAGAAGAAGCCCACUGUCUUCUGCAGCUCCUGCAAUGAAGGUUUUGUAUCGCGCGAGCAAUACGAGAGUCACUCGUGCCAAGUGGAGAUGAUACUGGGCGAUCGUGAUUUCGGGCCGCACCACGAGUCGCCGACCUCUGAUGAUAUCAAGAAGGAGAACUUCCCUGAGGAUUUGCUGGAGGUAGUGAUGGAGGAAGCAUGCCUCCCGAGCCCGCAGCGUGUGUUCGUGUGCAAGUUCUGCUCGAAGCCGUUCCGCCGCAAGGACCACUACAAGAUACACCUGCACAUCCACACCGGGCUCAAGUCGUUCUUCUGUCCAAAUUGCGGGAAAGGUUUCUAUCGCAAGGAUCACCUUCACAAACACAUGUUGGUGCACGCCAAGAGUCGUCUGAAGAACCAGAAGGAGAGAGAGAUACGGCCCAAGAAGCAGAUCCCUGGCCUGCUGCCGAUACAGGCGAUGCAUAAGAAGGAGAUUAAACCCGAGAUAACCAUACAUGCGCCGAGUAAUACUAAGCUGCGAGUCCCCCUCCAGAUUAAGGUUCCGUAUCAGAUGGUUAUGUCACUGGACAACGGGGAGCAGAGAGCGGUCACCGUGGACCCCAGCGACGAGAUGAUAUUGCCCUAGGGCGACCGCCUUACUUUUGUGCUGACCUUACUUACGUACUAAAGCUACCGAUGUAUUAAAAAAGUGACUGACGAAAGUACAGUUGGCGUAAUACGUCAGUAUGUAUUUGGGUUACUUGCAUACUAAACUUACCGAUGUAUUCUGGUUACAUACGAACUAAC